UGACACCAGCAAAACUUGCAUUGGCAAUAUCCCCUCCCUUCUCCUUGUCCCAGGAAAAAUUUCGCAGAAAAACCCCACCCGUGAGCAAGGGGGAGAUUUCGAUCGGUCCGAGGGUUUUCUCGUCUUCGAUUUCGCUUCUUCGACCCCACGAAGAUCAAAAUUCCAGUUCACAGAGUGCCAGAUUGACGAUACAUACAUACACACAUCUAUAUCUCUAGAGAGAGAGAGAGAGAGAGGAUGGGGAAGGGUGCUGAAUUGAGCAGGGGGUUGUUUUGGGCGGUGACGGUUCUGUGUUUGGCGAGCGAUUGGAUGCAGGUGGGGGAGGCCAUAUGGUUGAACCUUCCGGGGUCGUCGAGGACCAAGUGCGUGUCGGAGGAAAUCCAGAACAACGUCGUCGUUUUGGGCGAUUACGUCGUCAUCUCCGAGGAUCACACCGGCCACACCUUACCCACACUCACCGUCAAGGUAACAUCACCCUAUGGCAACAAUAUUCAUCACCAGGAGAAUGUGACACAUGGUCAAUUUGCAUUUACAACGCACGAGGCUGGCAACUAUCUGGCAUGUUUUACGGUGGAUGGGCAUUAUCAAGGAAGCGGAGAUGUGAGUGUGAAUCUCGACUGGAAAACUGGAAUUGCAGCUAAGGAUUGGGAUUCAGUUGCGAGAAAAGAAAAAAUUGAUGGUGUUGAGCUUGAGCUGAAAAAGCUUGAAGGAGCAGUGGAGGCUAUCCAUGAAAAUUUGUUGUAUCUCAAGAGCAGAGAAGCAGAAAUGAGGACAGUGAGCGAAACAACUAACACAAGAGUGGCAUGGUUCAGUAUUUUGUCCUUGGGGAUCUGCAUUGCGGUCUCUGUUACACAGUUGUGGUACUUGAAGCGAUAUUUCCUAAAGAAGAAGCUGAUAUAGAUUCACUGAUUUACUACUGUUAUAUGACAGCAGAUGAGGUUCUAGGAGCACAUUGUUUCUUUAUCUUGUUUUUUGAAUUAUGCUGAAAUUUUUCGACACCAUUUCACAUGGUAUGCAACUUUUCAUAGCUCUAGCUUCGAAUGAUGGGAAAUCAACAGUUAGUGAGAAAAGAGUGAAUUUUCAUCUCAUUGUAUGGAAUGUCAUUACCCAUCAAGACUCUGCAUUUUCUUAUUCUAGUAAUCAUACUCUGCGAAUUUCGUA